AUGGUUACAGUUGCCGAUGCUAACCAGUGCCAGACGUUGGCAUAUCUUUUUUCUGCUCCGAUAGAUCAUGCCGGCAGACCGAGUACUCCACCAAGUGAACCACCAAAGAAUGAUAUUGAUUACAUGUUUCUUGGCGCUCUAUCCUCUACGUCGGCUUAUGUCUCAAUCAACUCUCAUUUCUGGAACAUAUAUGAGAUACCAAAGGACAAUGGAGAGUUUGUGAAAACUCGUACAUGCAAGUACGACACCGUAGACGGCCUAUACGUGUUGAAAGGGUAUCAUGAGAGCAGUGAUCGUGUUAAAACCGCAAUCGAACGGUCAAUGAGUGAGGGACUACAAGACGUGAUUUCAAGAGUCAAGAUCUUGGAUAUAAACGUCGCAAACGCAGCGUUAUUAAAGCUCCGAAACCUCUCAAAAACUGAAAAUUUCCUAACAGAAAUCAAAAACAAAAAGACCGAGUUCAUCGGAUUUCCGAAACCUCAGACGAUUCACAAAAUUAUUGAGACAUGGAUCAAAGAGAGACGUUGUGAGGGGACGAGUAUGACGUUCAUCGGAGAUGAUCUUGAUGAUGUUGAAGAUGACUGGCAGUCUCAACUGUCGUCUGUCACGGGAGCUCACAACACCACAUGGGGGGAUAUAACCUUCCCAAUGGGAAUCGGCAGUCCAAACAAGGUCUGUUUGGUAUUCAAAAUCAAUUCCAUUCAACUAUACAUCACGGAGAAUCACGACGCUCAACUUAUGAGUUAUGAAGACAAGAGACCAAGUUUCUUCAAAGCCGCUGGACGUUUUCUCAUAGCGAUGAAUCCAAUUCCAUGGGGUCGCACAGUUUUGAGAGCUUGGAGCCGCCUCGCUACAUCUGCCAGAAACUUCAACUGCAUUGAAGCUGCGCCAAAAGAGGAUAAGCUGAAGAUCAUCGACUUUCCAGAGAUCGCCGAUUAA